AUGAACCAUUGGAGUUCCCGUCCAAGGGAAAACAACACAAUUUUUGACAUUCAGACCCCAAUUGUCUCCCUCAUUGAGAUAGACUAUACCAACCCGGUUUUCUAUACUCUAUCCAACGCGACAGCUCCUCCAACAAAGCCAUUGGUAACAGAAUGUGCUGUAUACUUUUACGAACGACGAUACUCAGCGAGCUUAUACCCGCCUGGCACCCAAAACAGCCAUCCAAUGCAGGUUAUUGAUACACAGCAGCUCAUUGCUAGAGAUGUCCCUGAAGAAAGUCGCACUCAUACCUCACCAUUCCCCGUUUACUUUGCACCCCCAAACGGGUCGGCAACCCUAUCAAAAAACCCGUCCUACAGCAUCGAUCAGCGGAUGUUCAACAGUUUCAAACCUGCAAUGAUGAGAAUAUUCAAUGGCGCAACUGAUUUCACACAAUCAGAUGUGUUAGACCUAACAACCUUUCUGCGCAAAGGCAACCUCAGUCAAUUACUCGAUUCAAUGUCCACUAGCGUCACUGAUGUCCUACGCGCUUAUCGCGGGGGUAAGCCGACUCGGGGGAAGGCAUUUCGAGUCGAGACAUUCAUUCAUAUCCGAUGGCCGUGGAUAAUUCUUCCGGUUAUUGUUACUCUGGGAUCAACCGCGCUGCUUCUGGGAACUGCAAUAGAAAGCAAACGUCGUAAGGCCGUGCUGUGGAAGUGUAUGGCGCUUCCAUUAUUAUCAAGCCAUCUCCAUACUACACCGGAGAAUGAGAUUGUAUCUGUGCGCAGCGUGGAUAGAAUGACUGAUAAAUGGAAGAAGAUGCGCGCUGUAAUGGUACAGGAUGAAGGGCCACUUACAUUCAGGGAAAAGUAA